AGCAGCGCCCGGCCGUGCCCGCGCCUCCCGCACAGACCCGACCAGCCCGUCACCGUUACCCACUAAGCUGGCCCAUCAAUUCUGGAUCUCCUACCACCCCCAUACUGGCGCAAAACACACCUCGAGCGGUGAUGAAACACCCCCCUUCCCUCAAGAAGACUUAGAAAAACAAAUCUUUAAUCAUGAGGAGAGGCUGCAAAAAGAAAAAAAUAGUCAAGCUCGAGAAGAUGAAGAGGUGCGGCAGCUAGACAAAAGUCUGUUGUACCAGCGCGCUAUUGGGGCUGAGGAAGAGCACAAACAAAAGAUAAAGUUAGCCAAAGCGCGCUCUCUGCAGGAGUCCGAGCUCGAAUCACACAAAACCAUAAGUCUUAACAUCAAUACUUCAAUGGAAACUUACGACGCAACUAUCGAGGAUUCAAGCUUCGAGAACGAAGACAAAACAAAGAAACCAUCCACUAAACGCUUUUUACGCAAAAAUUUCCACACUUAUUCAACUAAAUGCCGCGCCCCCAUUGCCUCACUGGAUUGUAUGGAUGAUUUUAGUUCCAAUUCGCAGCAAAUGCUUGAUCAAGUUUUAGAAAUGUCAGAAUCCAGAAAGAUGACAAGAUACAUGGCGAGCCACAGCCUGGCGAACCUGCCCUCGGCGGUAACGGCCGGGCUGCGCUAUAGGAACCUCGGCAAGUCAGGCCUCCGCGUCCCCAACAUUGGCCUCGGAUUAUGGAGCAGCAUCGAUGAGGACAGCUCCGAGGCCAUCGUCACCGCCGCGCUAGAGAACGGCAUCAACCUCUUUGAUUUGUCGGAAGCGCAUAACGCUAAAGGCGAGGCCGAAUUAGGAAGAAUCCUUAAGAAAAACAACGUGAGGAGAACCAGUGUCAUAAUAAUAACUAAAAUAUACUGGAGUACCAAUUCGGACGAGCGCGGCUUGUCGCGACGGCACAUCAUCGAGAGCGUUAAGGCAUCGCUCGGUCGCCUCCAAACGGAAUACAUUGAUGUGGUUUUAUUGCAUAAAGCGGACCCUGUCUGCCCAAUGUCAGAGCUAGUUCGAGCAAUGAACCACGUAAUCAACCAAGGCUGGGUCAUGUACUGGGGCACAGCUCGCUGGUCUCCCUCCGAGAUAAUGGAAGCGUACACCAACUGCAAGCACGCCAACUGCAUCACCCCCAUUGUUGAGCAGACCGAAUACAACAUGUUCUGCAGGGACAAGCCGGAGCUGCACAUGCCCGAGCUCUACCACAAGAUCGGCGUCGGCAUGAUGGUGUGGUCUGCCAUCACGACGGGCAGCCGGGUCGGGCGCGACGACUGCGCCGGUCUCUUCGCCAAGUCCAGGUUCAACCGCAAGUCGAGCACCUUCAGUUGGUGCGAAGAGAAUCUAGCGCUCACAGAACAUACAGCGAUGGGUGGUGCGGAAGGCAGGGAGCCGUCGGGCGAGGCCCCACGCACGUACGGGGAGAAGCUGCGCGCCCUGCACGACCUCGCCGACACUUUGAACUGCACAAUGAGCCAGCUGGCGGUGGCGUGGUGCCUCAAAAACGAGGCGGUCAACUGCGUGCUGCUCGGCGCCACCAGCGUCGACCAUUUCAAACACCAUAUUCACGCUCUUCAGAUAGUGCCGCAGCUGACGCCGGCUGUCAUGGCGCAAGUGGAGCGGCUGCUGGGCAACAAACCGCAGCGGCCGCCCAUGCUCUCCACCCUCGCCAUGCGCAGCCAGCAGGCCGGCAACACCGUCAGGAUCGACAUGCCGGGCGGCGCGGCCUCGGGCGCUGGCACGCCCAAGCCGGAGGGCGAAGCGUCGGCCGAGGGCGAGGCCUCCACGCCCGCCAAAGAGUCCGGCCGCUCCUUCUGCGACAUUCAGUGACCGUGGUGGCGCGGGAGCACUGAAUCUGCUUCCAAAUCUUCUAAAUCUAAGGAAUCCCUCAAGGAUGCAAAACCUAAGUUUUUUUUGAACAACGCGGGAGAAGUCAUCAAAAGGACAGAGCAAGACGGUAUAUCGAGAGACGUGGUGGUAUCGGUUUCGUCUCUGAAGGGCAAGCAGCCAGCCUCGGGCGGCGACAAGGCGAAGAAGUCCAAGUCGGAGCCUUCGCGGGCGCGCUCCGCCUCGCUGCAGCGCUCGCCCUCGGGCCCGCUGUGUGCGGCACGCGACCGCCGCCGCUCACGGCUCGACCUCGGCUCCCCCGCCGCGACCGCCGACAUCUAACAUCGCCCCGCCCCACCUCUUCUCUGCUCUACUCUACUCUACUCCUGCCACAUUAUUAUUUAUACGUCCAGACAUUCGUGCGCACAUACAAAAACCAUUUACGAGUCUACCGCGGCUCUCUCUCUCUCUUGUAAACACUCAGAGCCAUAGUUACAUAGAGCUCGGGGCGUGUCGCAUCGCCUUCGCCCACUUAAACACACUCACGGCCAAAUUAAAAGUAAUCGGAUUCUGUAAUGUUUCAAGUUGUAGACACAACUCUUAAACUCAAUCAUUGUAAGCUAUAAAAUAAUUAUAUAAAGCAUAACAAAGUAGAGAGAGGGCAGCGAUAUCCCACUGAAUGAAUCUGGACGUAUACAUAAUGAUCGCAAGUAAGUAUUAUUAGAUGUUUAAUUGUACUGUAUAGAUAGAGUAACGAAUGGCGAUUGGGCAAGGCCGGAAUUUGCCGGAACGACGUAAAUAAGGAUGUUUAUUUAACAACUGACCUCUAUCCACACUUUACGUACUUGGGUUUCAUACUUGUACUGAAAUGACCUAGUUUUUUGUUCACUGGAAACUGAUUCAUCAAUUACCCAAAAGUAUUAUUUUGUUACGGUUAA